GCCUGCAAGAAGCCCUUAGCGGGCUGCUCAAGAUGGAUUAUUCCACGCCGGACAUGUAUGAUGUGGAUUACAGUAUGUCGGAGCCCUGUCAUAAGAUCGAAGUGAAGCAAAUGGCGGCCUGGCUCCUGCCCCCGCUCUACUCGCUGGUGUUCAUCUCUGGGUUUGUGGGCAACAUGCUGGUGGUCCUCACCCUGAUCAACUGCAAAAAGCUCAAGAGCAUGACUGACAUCUUCCUGUUCAACCUGGCCGUCUCCGACCUGCUCUUCCUGCUCACCCUGCCCUUCUGGGCCCACUACGCCACCCAUGGGUGGGUCUUCGGAGAGUCAGUCUGUAAAAUCCUCAUCAGUCUCUAUCACCUUGGUUAUUAUGGUGGGAUCUUCUUCAUCCUCCUCCUGACAAUGGACAGGUACCUGGCCAUCGUCCAUGCCGUGUUUGCUUUAAAAGCCAGGACGGUCACCUCGGGGGUGGUGACCAGUGGGGUCACCUGGGUGGUGAUUUUGUUGGCCUCUCUCCCUGGAAUCAUCUUCACCCGAUCCCGGAAGGAAGAGCUUCACGAGACAUGCGAAACUGAUUAUCCCUACAAGUGGAAGACUUUUCAAAUAAUAAUGAGGACGAUCCUGAGCCUGGUCCUGCCCCUGCUCGUCAUGAUUGUCUGCUACUCGGGGAUCCUGAAAACCCUGCUUCGGUGUCGCAAUGAGAAGAGGAAGCACAAGGCCGUGAGGCUCAUCUUCGCCAUCAUGAUCAUCUACUUCCUUUUCUGGGCCCCCUACAUCAUCGUCCUGAACUUGACCACCUUCCAGAACUUCUUCGGCUUGGAAAACUGCAUUAGCGCCAGCCGGCUGGACCGAGCCAUGCAGGUGACGGAGACCCUUGGCAUGACCCACUGCUGCAUCAACCCCAUCGUCUAUGCCUUCAUCGGGGAGAAGUUCAGAAGGUACAUCUCCACGUUCUUCCGAAAGCACGUCGCCAAACGCCUCUGCAGACAGUGCCCAGUGUUCUACACGGACAAAGUAGAUCGAGCGAGCUCAGCGUACACCCCAUCCACUGGGGAGCAGGAGCUCUCAGCUGGUUUAUAA